UCCACACGAGGAGAGAGGCCACGAACUGAUCGGCCUCUCCAGGCUCCAGCUCCAAUGGCGCUCGCCUCUACCUCCAUCUCCAUCCAUCACCACCACCAUCCUCAUCUCAUUCUCCCUUCCAAGCCCUCUCUGCUUCAGUCACAACUCUUCGCGCCCUUUUCUCACAAACCGCCGCCCGUCGCCCGAUCCAAGCUCGACGUCUCGCUCUCCGUCGCCUUCAACCCUUCCGGCAACUUCGACCUCACCCUCACCGGCGAGGACCAAGACCAGCAAGUCGCACCUCCUUUACCACCAACUAAAGGACGCUUUGACAUAGUUAUCAACAAUGACCUCAUACGUCGCUUGGACCUAUCGCCUGUUGAAGCAAUUGCAGGAUCAAGCUCUCCUACAAAUGUUGAAUCAAGAAAGCUUUUGGACCAAACUGUUGGUUUCACAAUCAAUUAUGAAAGGGAAGACCCUCAUGAUCCACGGGAGUUAUCAGAGUUCCCCGAUAUAAGGCUUUGGUUUGUGAGGCUCGAUGCAUCUUAUCCAUGGUUCCCUGUGGUUCUUGAUUGGCGAGCUGGGGAGCUUGCGCGAUACGCAGCAAUGCUAGUUCCUCAUCAGAUAAGUACGAGAUUGGGCAUCGUCUUCAACCCUGAGGCUCUUGAGCUGUUUGUUCUAAACAAGGCUUUCCAUGUAUAUUCUUGGCUAAAACAGCAAGAGUUACCGAAACCCCGAUUGAAGACACAAGACAUGGCAAGAAUGCUUGGAUUUGGUCUAGACGAGGCAUUAUUCGACUUGAUCGAUCAAUGCCCACUUCAUCCUUCAUGAGCUAAGUAUAGAACUAUCAAGACACUGUAAGUGAUUCAAAAUACAAAUGGAAUGAGAAUUUCAGUAGUGGGGCUUCAAUGGUGCUUA